AAAAAAAACUACAAGAAAAGCACUACAAAUACAAUUACAAGCGCACUUUUAAUCUCUUCGGAAGAAAGAAAAUACAAUUAAUUCCAUUUACAUUAUUUGCAAGGUGUGCUUAGGCUUUGAAAAGUUUGGGAUCAAUCUUGGCUUUUUCUUUAUCAUAGGGGAGUUUUGGGAACGGGGAAAUUCUAAUUGCACGACAAAGGCCUGAAUCCAGCCCAGUAACCCACGGUUGAUGUGCAACAACUCCGACCAUUAAUCAAAAUUGAUCGCCAAUGCAGGAAACCCGAAAGAGAAAGCCGACUCAACUCCGUCGUCCCCCCAAAUCACCCAAAGUCACCACUGAUGACCCUUACCCAGCUCACCAACGACCCACCGCCGAUGAAUGCAGAGCCAUAAGAGACGAGCUCCUGGCUUUCCAUGGUUUCCCUCAAGAAUUCGUCAAGUACCGCAACCAGAGAUUGAGCAAUAGGGAGCAAGGGAAUGUCCAAUCAGAGCCGCCGGUUGUUGAGGAAGAGGAGGAGGAGGAGAGCGUCUUGGAUGGACUAAUUAAAACCGUGCUGUCCCAGAAUACAACCGAGGUCAAUUCUCAAAGGGCAUUCGCUUCUCUGAAAUCUGCUUUUCCCACCUGGGAAGAUGUUGUUGCUGCUGAAUCAAAAAGUCUACAGAAUGCAAUAAGAUGUGGAGGUUUAGCUCCGACUAAAGCUUCUUGUAUCAAGAAUGUGUUGGGUUGCUUGCUUGAGAGAAAAGGCAAGCUAUGCUUGGAGUACUUGCGAGAUUUAUCAAUUGAUGAAAUUAAGGCUGAGCUCUCACAUUUCAAAGGGAUUGGUCCUAAAACGGUGGCUUGUGUUUUGAUGUUCCAUCUUCAGCAAGAUGAUUUCCCAGUGGACACUCAUGUGUUUGAGAUUGCAAAAGCAAUGGGUUGGAUUCCAGCUGUGGCAGACAGGAACAAGUCUUACCUUCAUCUCAACAAACGGAUUCCAGAUGAGCUUAAAUUUGAUCUCAAUUGUCUUCUAUAUACCCAUGGUAAGCUCUGUCGUAAAUGCACCAAGAAAGGGGGUACUCAGAGAAGAAUUGAAUCCAUUGACGACGAUAAUUCCUGUCCUCUACUUAAUUACUGUGAGAAUUCUAUUAUGAACGGAACUAACAAAGCUAUCUGAUCUAUUUUUCUACAUUCUUAAUAUUUAUCCUGCUUCUCUUCUGCUUAGGAAAAAUUGUUUAUCCUUCUUGCAAACAAUUAGUUGGACAGAGGCAACUUAUAGAUCUAUGACAUCGAAAAGAGGCCAUUCUGUUAUUGGGUUGUAUUGCAUACUUGCAUAUUGUAUAUUGUUUCUUCCUAAACCCAAAAAAGCCUGAUUAAGAAAGAAGAUGGUUGGAU